CUCUCGCUCUCCACCAUCUGACUAUCUACGUCCUCGUCAUCUUUCCUCUCUUUUCAACUUAUGAGCCCUGAAGUGGAGUCACUAUUUACUCCCUUCUCUGCAUGAAUUCUCUGGGCAUAACUUAACACCUGGUGUUCUGGACGUCUGACUGACUUUCAAAUCGCAUCCACUUGUAUUCUUCUGCUCCGCAGGAACCAAUCCAUAUCGAGAGAAAAAGAGCCCGUUCUUCCCCACGCACAACCUAGCCGUCUACCCCGGUUUAGCUUUUCGCGAUUUCGAGUCGUACUAUUGUCAGAUUUCCACUACUCACGGUGAUCAAAUAUCCUGCCUUUCCGCCCACGAAAAAAGGCAUGUCCUCAUCGACCUACUCCGUAUUGCUCUCGACGAUCGAGUAGCAAAACCUUCUUGAAGCUUUGAUCCAUCCUCGAACCGUUGUCGCUCCUUAUUCUAUACUACCCCGAUCAUGAACAUGAACGGAUCCGAGGCCCAAAAUGGGCGAAAUACUCCCCAACCGGGCCCAUUUGGUUAUUCUUUCCUUUCGCCCAUGGAUACUCCUUAUGAGCCCGCGCCUGCGCCGCCUCCAGGCCCGGCUCUACUUGACGACCAGGAAUCCAACAUGCUGGAUAACUUCUUCACCACGAUGAAUUCCAACCAGUUCAGCAAUGAAUUCUGGCUCCAUGGCAACCACAAUAAACCUUUUGGCUCCACCAAUUUCGAAUGGUCAACUGAAAUGCCCCCGACGUUCGAAGGCUCCACGACUUCACUCUCCCAACCUUCCGCUCCUCAUCAUAGCCUAGAAAAGCCCGGGUUUGGUGGGAUGCCGAACAGUAUGGGGACGAGCUCUGAUAUCUUUGCCGCCGCUUCCAUGCUAUAUCACAAUGGGAACAACGGGACCGAGUUCAGCACUAGUGUUGGAAACCAUUCUUUCCCCGCUUUUUCGGACGUGGAUUUCAACAGUAUGAGGUCGAGCAGUGGCGGAAAAGCUGAACAGCAGAGUGGCCACAUGCCCUCCAAACCGGUCCCAUCGCGUCCGCGCGUACCAAGUGGCUUUCACACGUCCGAGAUGCUUUUCGAUGUGCGAGAGCCGAUAUCUGUCGAGCAACAAGCCAUUGCGAAAGUACGGCCUCUUCAUUGGGGCUCCGACGUCAGUUUUAUGGACCAAGGAUACGUGGCACCACCCGAUCAACCAAACGAGGAAGAACAAACUAAGGAGCUACUCGAUCAUCUGGACUGCUUCGAGCGACAGAGCAGUGCUGCCAACACCAGGGCACCUAGCCCAGAGCGGACCAUGGGUAGUCACGGUGCUUCCUGGACGGGAUCAAAUGCCGUGGGGCAGCUCAGCGAUCUACGAAGGGGAUACAGAGAUGAUGAUCCCUCGCAACCGAAAAAGAAACAAAGGACGUUAGUUAAGGAAGAAGAGGAUGACGAUAAUUCCGAUCUCGACAGUCCAAAACCAAAGUCAAGGAGAUCAAGAGCUUCAAGCUACAAUAAAUCCAGGAGGAUGUCCAGUGACGCGAUACGCAAAUCAAGGCUCCAGCAAAGCGCCAAGGCUGCCCGAGAGAAUUUAACGGAAGAGCAAAAAAGAAGCAACCAUAUCCUCUCAGAGCAAAAACGGAGGAAUCUCAUUCGGCAAGGCUUUGACGAUUUGUGCACGCUUGUCCCUGGAUUAAAGGGUGGCGGGUUCAGCAAAAGUGCAAUGCUUACGCAGGCAGCAGACUGGUUGGAGGAGGUUCUGCGUGGCAAUGAAAUCCUCAAGGCACAGUUAUCCGAGCUCAAGACUAUGAAUGGCUUGGUAAUCCCGAUGUGAUUUUUGCACUCUAACGAGACCACGAUGCGAUAUUUCUGUUUCCCACGACGCAAGACAUGCGCUCACACGCAGUCUGUUUUACAUCCAAGCAAUUCAGCGAUUCGAUAGGGUGCAAUUUCCAUAUUUGGGAUUGCGGGCGUUUCUUUUGGUGAACAUGGGUUGAAGUUACGAUAUCUUCUACUGGACGGAAUCCUGAUCAUCUCCAUGACAUCCGCUCAUUCAUGUUUACCAUGUUUACUAUGCAUAUCUUGUUUUUAGCACCACAAUACCCUUUCCGGUUCGAUCUCUGAUGGACAGGUAUCUUUUAUUCAAAAUAAUGAGCGGGAUAGAGAAUACCUCUGGUGAAAUAUAUUCCCACAAAAGUGGCCUACAUGGAUGUUUGGUCCAAUGUGUAUUCUUUCUGAACGAACUCUACCUUUAUGUAUAAAUGAAAACCAAACUUCCGGAAAAAAGCUAUACAAGUAAUCUAGAUUGCAGAGAGAUAACCACAUGAUAACUGUCGUAAGUCGAGUUGCUG